CCGCAAGCACGGUUCCUCAGGGCGCCCAUCAUUUCUCCCGCCCCCGUUGGUGCCCUUUUCACAGCUAAAGGCAACUUCCCUUUGAGGCGCCGGAGUAGCCUUAGCGACCUCAAGACCCCGCCGCUUCUCGCUUACUCGCUCGUUCUGCCUCUGCCCAGACUAUGCCCGAUUCCCUCUCCAGAGUGGGGGUGGUGGAAGUGAGAGAAGGAAGCCAAAAGCUUGUCAAAGCCGGGUUAUCCGGGCGCACUUCCGCCUCCCGGAACUCGGAACGUGUUGCGCACGCGCAAGCGGCGACUCUGGCGCGAUUGACUUCCGUUCCCAUCGUGCACUGCGAGCCGAAUCAUGGAUCACACUGACAAUGAGUUGCAAGGCACUAACAGUUCUGGAUCCUUGGGUGGUCUUGAUGUUCGCAGACGAAUUCCUAUAAAACUCAUCUCUAAACAAGCAAACAAGGCUAAACCUGUACCUCGAACUCAAAGGACGAUUAACAGGAUGCCUGCAAAGGCUCCAACUGGUGAGGAAGAAGGAUUUGAUUAUAAUGAAGAAGAACGUUAUGACUGUAAAGGGGGCGAACUGUUUGGAAAUCAGAGAAGAUUUCCUGGACACCUUUUUUGGGACUUUAAGAUAAACAUCUUAGGUGAAAAGGAUGAUACCCCAGUUCAUUUCUGUGACAAAUGUGGAUUGCCUAUUAAAAUCUAUGGGCGAAUGAUUCCAUGCAAGCAUGUUUUUUGCUAUGACUGUGCUAUUUUACACGAGAAAAAGGGAGAUAAGAUGUGUCCAGGCUGUAGUGAUCCUGUGCAGCGAAUUGAGCAGUGUACACGAGGUUCUCUCUUCAUGUGUAGUAUUGUUCAAGGGUGCAAGAGAACGUAUCUGUCUCAGAGAGACUUACAGGCUCAUAUCAACCAUCGUCAUAUGAGAGCUGGAAAACCUGUUACCCGGGCUUCACUUGAAAAUGUUCAUCCUCCUAUUGCCCCACCACCAGCUGAAAUCCCUGAUCGUUUCAUAAUGCCACCAGACAAGCACCAUAUGAGCCAUAUUCCGCCAAAGCAGCACAUCAUGAUGCCACCACCUCCUUUGCAGCAUGUGCCACACGAGCACUAUAAUCAGCCACACGAAGAUAUUCGAGCUCCUCCAGCAGAAUUGUCCAUGGCUCCACCUCCACCUCGUUCUGUCAGUCAGGAAACCUUUCGUAUUUCAACAAGAAAACACAGCAAUUUAAUAACCGUCCCUAUUCAGGAUGACUCAAACUCAGGUGCUAGAGAACCGCCACCUCCUGCCCCAGCACCUACUCACCAUCAUCCUGAAUAUCAGGGUCAACCAGUGGUCUCGCACCCUCAUCAUAUUAUGCCUCCACAGCAACAUUAUGCACCACCCCCACCUCCUCCACCACCAAUAAGCCAUCCAAUGCCCCAUCCUCCCCAGGCAGCAGGUACUCCUCACUUGGUAUAUAGCCAAGCUCCACCUCCUCCAAUGACCUCUGCUCCUCCACCAAUAACACCUCCCCCAGGACAUAUUAUUGCCCAGAUGCCACCUUACAUGAAUCAUCCUCCUCCAGGACCUCCCCCACCUCAGCAUGGUGGUCCACCUGUAACUGCGCCCCCUCCUCACCAUUACAAUCCUAACUCUUUACCCCAGUUUACUGAGGAUCAAGGAACUCUGAGCCCUCCAUUUACACAACCCGGAGGAAUGAGUCCUGGUAUAUGGCCAGCACCAAGAGGGCCACCUCCUCCUCCACGAAUGCAGGGUCCGCCUUCUCAAACCCCACUUCCUGGACCACAUCAUCCAGAUCAGACAAGAUACAGACCGUAUUAUCAAUGAGGAUAGUAUUUUGAACUGAAGCUAUGAAAAAAUAAACUUACAUAUAGUCAGUUUUUUAAUUCAGCUUUGACUUUGGGAAGGAAAAAAAAAAGUACCUCCUCUGGGGUGGCUUUAAAACACAUAGGGUCUUACCUGUUCAAAUGGUUUUAAAUCUUGACCUUAGGAUUGAUUUCUAGUACUAUACUGUACUGCAGAUAAGCGGCUCAAUUGAGCACAUAAUAUUUUAACAACUGUUUCCCUAGUCUGGGAAGUUGACCCAGAGGUGACCAUUUGUAAAAACCUUGAAAAAAAUUUUUCAUUGUUCCACUUUCAAAAAUACUGCUUUUUGGUUAAACCCAAGGUUUACUUUUUCUUGUGAUAACAUUUGUUAACCUGUGUAAAAGGAUUAAACUUCAGUAUGGUUGUAAAAA